UCGGAAGUUCCAGCGCAGCAGCAGCGGACGCGAGUUCAACCAGCUUUAGUGUAAACAGCCUGAACAUGGACGACGACGUGUUGACAACUCUGAAGAUUUUAAUAAUCGGAGAGAGUGGAGUCGGUAAAUCAAGUUUGCUCCUGCGUUUCACAGAUGACACCUUCGACCCAGAAUUAGCAGCAACCAUUGGUGUGGACUUCAAAGUCAAAACUAUUGCGAUUGAUGGCAACCGAGCAAAACUGGCUAUAUGGGACACGGCGGGUCAGGAGAGGUUCAGAACUCUAACACCAAGCUACUACAGAGGAGCCCAGGGUGUCAUUUUGGUGUAUGAUGUUACGAAGCGGGACACGUUCACAAAGCUUGAGAACUGGCUCAAUGAGCUGGAGACGUACUGUACACGCAACGACCUGGUUAAAAUGCUGGUGGGGAACAAAAUCGACAAGGACAACCGUGAAGUAGACCGGAACGAAGGCUUGAAGUUUGCACGGAAACACUCAAUGCUCUUUAUCGAGGCCAGCGCGAAGACGCGGGACGGCGUUCAGUGUGCCUUUGAGGAGCUGGUUGAGAAGAUCCUGCAGACGCCGGGCCUCUGGGAAAGCAGCAUCCAGAACCACGGUGUCCAGCUGUCUGAUAAUGAACCCCAGCGUCAAGGAGCCUGCGGCGGAUACUGCUCACUGGUUUAACACUCACACCUCCAUCCCAAGCCACAAACUGAGACGGAAAGCACCAUUUUCCUUUCUAAUGAAUGCUAGCUUCCUCUGAGGGGGGAACGGUCUGCUCCAUUAGAGCCAGUGAAAGGGACCUUUGCAGUUUUUUGCACACUCUCCAUUCUCCAAUAAUGCGUCAUGUUAGCUGUAAGCAGUUAUUAUAUGCAAUAUGUGCUGUUGAAGGGUGCAGAUAGAUUCCCUCUCAAUGGUAGCACCACCUUUGACCUGAUGUCUGUUGGAUUACAGGAGGGGAGGGGCCAAGGAACGGCAAGAUCUGAUUGGUGCGGUGAACUCUUAACACUCAAACCGUCCUUUGUACCUGUACUACAUUUCUCAUGCUUACGAAACAUUCACUACCGCUCUCCUUUUAAUCUCGCGCUUUUUAUUUAAAUAUACAUCCUCAUGUUGUUAUUAUUUUUAAUACGGCAAUAUUGCUUAGCAUGACUAUAAUUUCGAGUUUGAAGUAUUCUUUUAUAAAUAAACCCUCUUCUGUAGCCUUUCUAAAUCAUAAUCUGAAUGAGAUGCUGUUUAAACUGGCAUGUUUAAACGAUGUAAUGUAUCAUAACUUGGGAUAGGUUUUAACUUCACUGUGUUUUAAUCUUUGACUGACUUAUUUUUUUAGUCCAAUGCGAAUGAAAACCAAAAAAGAGCUUCGGUAUUCAUCUUUGUUUUUAAUCCCAAAGCCUUCCUGUGACAUGGGCUGCCUUCCAGUUUAUUUCUAUACCUGUCACUCAAUAACUUCCCUCCAUCUUGUUCACUUGAAUGUACUGUACAUUAUUAAGUUACGCAAGUGUCCACUACUGGUGGAACAUUUGAAUGGGUUUAAAUGGAAUCCCCAUUGAGCUCUUAGGAACUACACUGUGGUGAUGUCUCAAUUGGAAAAAUAUGAAGCUGUAUGUGAAGUAUGUCCAUGUAAACUUCCCUUGUUCACUUGACGAAGGGGAACAUGCCUUAAAAUGGCUGCAGGGAUUCCCCUUAGAGAACAAGAGAAGGGAAGUUUGCGAGUGUGUGUCUAAAAGUAGACUGGAAUGCAGCUUUCCCUGGAAGAUUUGGUUAUGCCUUAAUAUUUAUUAGAUUUGCAUGUUUAACGUGAUCUGCUGGCUUUCGCUAUGAAUCUGUACUAGAGAGAGUUAAUGUAGCCAGUCAAAAUGACCAGUGGAACAGGGUUAAGGUGGUCACUGAAUUGAAUUAUAAACAUCUCUUGGUCAAAA